AUGUGUCGUAAACGCAAAGCAGAUGUCGUAGUCGGAAUAAAGUCGAAAAAGGUAUUCAGCGUUGGAAACAAACUUGAAAACAGCGAAUCGAAACUGGAAACGUCAGAGUCUACUACCGGAGAAACAGGGAAAGUCUAUUAUGCUUUCUAUGGAGGAAACGAGUCCAAUGUGCUUCCCGGAGUUGUUGGCGGUAUUCCAAUUGAACUAUUGGUAGAUUCAGGUGCGGAUGUCAAUCUGAUUAGGUUUGAAACAUGGCAAACGAUGAAGGAGAAGAAGGUUCGAGUUAUUAGAUCGGUCAAAGGAUGCAACAAGACUCUGAAAGGGUACGGGAAUGACACGCCGCUAGACGUUGUUGGAUCUUUUGUUGCUGAAAUAACUGUCGGUUCCAAAACUGCAACUGCUGAGUUCUUUGUGGUGAAAGGCGGCCAGAAGAACCUUUUGGGAGAUUCAACUGCAAAGCGAUUGGGUGUCCUAAGAAUUGGCCUGGAUAUCAAUCAUGUUGACACGUCGAUGAAGCCUUUCACUAAAAUCACAGAAGUUCAGGCUCACAUUCGAAUGAACCAGCAGUUCAAACCGGUUUUUCAACCGCUCCGCAGGGUACCGAUCCCUAUGGAGGAAGCGGUGAACAAAAAGCUAGACCAACUCCUGGCUCGCGACAUCAUAGAAGUAAAAAUUGGACCGGCAACAUGGGUCUCACCUUUGGUCAUCGUGGGAAAAGCCUCCGGCGAGCCUCGCAUUUGCUUGGAUUUAAGAAGAGUCAACGAGGCUGUGGUUCGUGAACGUUUUCCCAUGCCGGUGGUUGAGGAAUACCUCGCCCGGAUCGGCAAAGGCAGAGUUUGGAGCAAACUAGAUAUUCGGGAAGCAUUCCACCAGGUGGAACUAGCAGAGGAUUCCAGAGAUGUCACCACUUUCAUAACCAGUCGUGGUCUUUUUCGGUUCAAGCGUCUACCUUUUGGGUUGGUAACAGCCCCUGAAAUCUUCCAACGUGUGAUGGAGGAGAUGCUAUCAGGAUGUGAAGGUUGUUAUUGGUACUUGGACGACGUGAUUAUUGAAGGGGAGACACAGGAAGCUCAUGAUGCCAACUUGGAGAAGGUAGUGUAA